CUCACUCGCUCGCUCGCUCGCUCACUCACUCACACACAAACGUAGUCGCGGCCUCUCCCCGGGAUUGUUCCCGAGUUUCUCCAGCUUUUAUCGGCUAAAACAGGCUAACGAACCGCCGCCGAGAACCGGACCGAGUCCGGUCUCUUCGCUGCCGCUGCGCUCGGUUCCCGACGGCUUCGGUCCGAGCCGCGGUUGUGGUUUAUUUAACACUUACAUGACGACUUGUUCUCCGUGCGGCUCCGGAGGACAGCUCCCGCUGGGAAGACUGAGAUUUUAAAGCCGCUUAAAGCGACUCUGCCGGUGGACACACAGCGCGGGAGGCUAGCUUACCAGCGGGCAUCUUCUUCGUCGGCGCUUCCCCUCGGUGCUCGGCAGCAGCCAUGGCGGGAGGUCGGUCCGGUCUCGGUCUGCUCGUCCUGGUCUGCGUCGGCUUCCACCGCUGCGGCUCCUUCAACCUGGACGUGGACGAGCCCUCCGUGUACUCCGGACCGCAGGGAAGCUACUUCGGCUUCUCGGUGGACUUCUUCAAGCCCCCGAACAACCAAAAGUCAGAGGUUCUGAUAGGAGCUCCUCGGGCCAACACCUCGGCCUCCAGCAGCGUUGUGGAGAGGGGAGCGGUGUACAGCUGCUCCUGGAAGAGCUCUUCAAACUGCCAGGAGCUGCAGUUCGACAACUCAGAUGACAGGAGGAAUUCAGACGGGGCUCAGAUGGAGUUUAAAUCCAAGCAGUGGUUCGGAGCCUCGGUACGAUCCGAUGGAGAGCACAUCCUGGCCUGUGCUCCUCUGUACCAGUGGUCAACCUUUGGUGUCUCUGAGCGUGAGCCGGUGGGAACGUGUUACCUGAAGAAAGGAGGCACAGUGGUCGAAUACUCACCCUGCAGAUCAAGUGCCAACUCACCAGAAGGGCAGGGCUUCUGCCAGGCCGGCUUCAGUGCUGACUUCCUUAAGAAGAACAACAGAGUGGUGGUGGGAGGACCUGGCAGCUUCUACUGGCAGGGCCAGCUGAUAUCCGAUGACGUCUCUGAGAUUUUUUCGCGGAUUGACAAAGGUUACAUCACCCCGUACGGAAACACCCUCGCCACCAAGUCAGCCGGUGCCCAGUACGACGACAGUUACCUCGGAUACUCUGUGACAGUUGGAGACUUCAAUGACGAUGCAAAGGAAGAUUACGUGACGGGAGUACCUCGGGGGGACAAGGCACUGGGUUAUGUGAACAUCUUCAACGGCCUCAACAUGGAGUCCAUGGUCAACUUCACAGGAACACAGAUGGCCGCCUACUUUGGACAUUCAGUAGCUGCCACUGAUGUUAAUAAUGACGGUUUGAUGGAUCUGCUGGUUGGAGCUCCGCUCUUCAUGGACAGAGGGUCAGACGGAAAGCUCCGGGAGGUGGGACAGGUGUCUGUGUACCUGGGUCGAGGCGGAUUUUCCUUCCGUUCACCUCAGCUGCUGACGGGGUCAGAGGUCUACGCCAGAUACGGCUCUGCCAUCGCAGCGCUGGGAGACCUGGACAUGGAUGGAUAUAACGAUGUGGCCAUCUCUGCUCCUUAUGGAGGCCCCGACCACAACGGCUUGGUCUACAUCCACAAUGGCCGUCCGCGGGGGCCCGACCCGUCACCUUCCCAGGUCCUUCAGGGCAAAUGGGCGUCCAGCUACAUGCCUGCUAGCUUUGGAUACUCCAUGACUGGAAGCACUGACAUAGACCAGAAUGGAUAUCCAGAUUUAAUAGUGGGAGUGUUUGGAGCAGACAAAGCUGUUUUAUACAGAGCUCGACCAGUCAUCAGUGUGAACGCCACGUUAGACAUGACACCUCAGAUCAUCAACCCGGAGGACAAGACCUGCACACUUCUUGGAACCAGCACGCCCGUGUCCUGUUUUAAGGUGAAGUACUGUCUGAGGGCCAGUGGCCGCGGAGCUCCAGCUACUCUCAAUUUCCGCGUGGACCUCAUGUUGGACCGUCUGAAGCAGAAGGAGACGACGAAACGCGUCCUGUUCCUGCACAGUCGGACCUUUCAGUACUCCAAGAACAUGACGGUGUCCAACGGCAAAGGCCCGACCUGCGAGGAGCAGCCCGUCUUCCUGAGGGACGACCGCGAGUUUCGGGAUAAGAUCACUCCCAUCUCCGUGGCGAUGGAGUACAGUCUGGACUACCAGCAGGCUGCAGACCGAACCGGACUGCUGCCCAUCCUCGACAUGUCGGCCCCGUCCAACGUCACCAAGCAGGCUCACAUCCUGUUGGACUGUGGAGAAGACAACAUCUGUAAACCCGACCUGAGGUUGUCAGUGAAGAGCGACCGCGAGCAGAUCUACAUCGGCGACGAUAACGCUCUGACCCUGGAGAUCAGUGCUGAGAACCAGGGCGAGGGAGCCUACGAGGCCGAACUCCACGUCUACCCUCCACAGCAGGCCGACUUCACCGGGGUCGUCCGCAGUGAGACCCUCACCAGGCUGUCCUGUGCUUACAAGAAGGAAAACCAGACCAAGAUGGUGGUGUGUGACCUGGGAAACCCCAUGAAGGGAGGAACCAAGGUGCUGGCAGAGUUGAGGUUCAGCGUGCACCAGCUGUCGGAGGAGGACACGUCUGUUAAGUUUGACCUGCAGAUAGUCAGCUCUAACCAGUUUGACAACACCAGUCCUCGAGUUUCCAGCAUCACCAAGCUGGCAAUCCUCGCUAAAGUCUCCAUCAGAGGGUCGUCGUCCCCUGGUCAGGUGCUGCUUCCCAUCGCCAAUUGGAAACCUAGAGUGCCUCCUGUGGUUGGAGACGACAUCGGUCCACAAAUAGUUCAUGUCUACGAGCUCCUGAACAACGGGCCCAGUACCUUCAGUAAAGCGGCUCUGGUGGUCGAGUGGCCGUACCAGUUUAAGAACGGCUCUCUGCUCUACAUCACAAGCUACGAGACGGAGGGACCCAUCAACUGUACCACCGACACAGAGAUCAACCCGCUCAAUGUGUCGAACCCCUUGACCUCACAGAAGAACACCAGCGUCGUCCCACCCAGAGAGCGAGAGACUGAGGGACGAAACAGGCACCACGUUCGCAAAAGAGACCUGGAGUCAAGAGACACACAGAACGACCUGCAAACACUGGACUGCAGCUCAGCAGAGUGUCUGCAGCUGAAAUGUCAGGUCGGUCGUCUUGAGAGGACGAAGAACGCCAUCCUCUUCAUCUACUCCAGACUGGCUGUCAACAACUUCCUCAGGACUGAGAAUCAAAAUCGUUCAUAUAUGGUUCGAUCUACAGCCUCUUUCAGUGUCAUCGAGAUGCCGUACAAGAACCUGGUGUCAGAGCUACCUUCCAAUAGCACCACUGUGAGCGUGUCGGUGAUGUGGGUGGCGGACCCCCUUACGCCGGUGCCAGGCUGGGUGGUGGCUCUGGCUGUACUGGCAGGACUGCUGCUGCUGGCGCUGCUCAUCUUCAUCAUGUACAAGUUGGGUUUCUUUAAGAGAGUCCGCCCCCCCCAGGAGGACUGCACUGAAAAGGAGCAGCUGCAGCCGGAGGAGAACGGCAACACUGACGCCUAGAGGUCGAACUCUGAGGAACGCCCCCCUCUGUUAGUACUGACAGAAAGUCCAGUAGAGAAAAAUCAGGGUAAAUAAGAGUUAAGAGAAUCUCACUGUAUUCACCGUUGAGUGGCAGAUAAUGGUACUGGUUUAAGUUUUGAUAAGGUUUUUGAUAUUUGUCUAUUCAUGUUGUGUUUGUGCCAAAUGAGAAGCUCCAACUGCAUCACACUGUUCACAGAUGAACUCCUCGUAGCUCAAGUAUUAAUGUUUUAAAAGAACUGUUCAUCAUUUUGGGAAAAGGUCAUCUUCAUGCCGCGAGCUAAACGAGAAGAUUAGUGCCAAUAUUGUAUCUGUCAGUUAAAUUUGACACUACAGCGUAACGACUGGAAACAAGGGGUCUGGUUCUGUCCAAAGCGAACAAAAUCCCCCUACCAGCUCCUCUAGAGCUCACUUAUUAACGCGUCGCACCUCGUUUGUUUAAUCCCUACAAAACCAAAGUGUGAAAACACCGAUUCACAGUUUUUACAGAGGAUUACGUGCUGAAGUAGUAGAAAACUGGAAAAUCAUCCAGCUCCUGAGCAUCAAACAAACGAGAUACAGCAUGUUAAUCAUGGAGCUUUAGAGCUUCUGAUUGGUGGAACUACUCUGUUAGUGAGAAUAAUCCCAAAUGUCUGAAUGCUUCAUAGUUCAAAACUUUGAUGGUGUGUGUUUGUUCAAACACACAGAUCAGGCAAGAGCGUAGUAGUUUUUCCCGAGAUACAAGGUUUCUGUCUGCACCAGAACCCAUGGAGCUUGGCCUGAUAUUUAAUUUGCACUUUUUUUUUUUUUUCUUGUCCAAACUCAAAAUGAUUAAUGAGCUGUAGGUGCUUGUUGCCCUUAAAGUCCAGAACUGCUGAUAAAGUCGAGUCGUUUUUCAACCUGUCUCAAAACUGCUCUGCCCUGAUCAACAACACUGUCUGCUAAACGAAUGUGUACAGAACAAGUGUGUUACUCCUGUAGUGGAACUUCCCUGGGUUUAUAGAGGACAGUGAGGGAGUUUUCUUAAAACCUGGACUCAGACUGAUUUAGCUUCCGCAAGCGCUCGCUUGCUAGUCUUCCCGGGGUCCAUGGAAAAUAACGAUAAAAAAACUUAAAACAGCAUUUUAAAAAUCGCACGGUAUCAACUGAACAAGAAACGGCAGAAGAGAAAACCAUCGUCAGCAAAUAAGAGGAAUUUUGCAAAUGGAUGCAUACAAUGGAAACAAAGAACAAUGCUAGCUAAGCUACGUCAGUGGCAGUUAGGAUAAACCUGUUCAGUACAAAUGAGGUGAUGAACCCGAGGAUGAUUCAUUGUGUUUAUCCACCAUAUGUGAUAAUAUGUCUGACGGUCAGCAUUAAUGCAGCAAUAUGUAAUAUAUGUAAAGUGGAAGUGUCUGACCAGCUGCGUUCAGGAGAUGGUUUAGUUUGCUGUGAUAUGCGACGGAGCGUUACAGUAAUAUAUUUGCCUUUAUUGUUUUGUUUUUCCUUCCGUUGUGUGUGUGGGGAAGCUGGUUUGAACUUCUCGUGUGAGAGUUCUGCUUUGGGGUGCUGGCGGGGUUUUUUUUAAGUAUUCUUUUGGUAUUUUCAACAAAACGGUGAUGAUGAGCGAUAAUUAACGGUAGUGGGUCCGACUCAUUUCAACAGGAAAUUGUUUGGCAAAGUUUAUUUUUGUUCAGAAAAAUGAUGUUUGGUUGGAAAAUCUAAGGGGACGAGUUUGUUCAGUCAGGAGCCGAAACAGUUCGAAACAUCGAAGGAAAGUGAAUCACCGACUAUUUUAAUGACCGAAUAAGUGUCUCAAGCAAAAGUAGCAAAUUAGUGCCAAAUAUUCUCUGAUUCCAGACUCUCAAAUGAGAGGACAAAACAAGACAUCUGGAGACGUAACGUUCGGCUCUGCAAGGGUAUGACGGGCUUUUUUCUUAACGUUUCAUAGACUUAACAGUUAAUCAACUAAUUGAAAAUUAAUCGUCAGAUUAACUGAUAAUGAAAAUAAUCAUCAGUCGGAGUCACAGUCAAAACAUAACUUAGCAACGAUUUCUUGGAUUUCUCAGCAAGUGGAAGCAGUGAACAUUUUAGCAUUUUCUAAAACCCGAAACCCAGAACCCAGAACAUAAGUUUUUGGGACUGUCCAUGACUAGGAUAUUAGCUGUGUAGUAUUCCCCCACUGUGUUGCAGUCAGUCCUGCACGCUGAAUGAGUUCGCUCCAGCAACUCCAGCCAACGUUAGCCGAUACGGCUGCCAAACACAUUAGUCACAACUUCAUCGUACUUAUAACAGUAGGACUAAGUAGCUCUACACUGCAAUAAAAGAACGAUGUCGUUUCCACGUCUUCAGCUGGCGAGGAUGAGGAUGUUUUAACCUGGGACAUGUAGCUUCAGCCUCAUUCUGUUAGCAUGAUAUCAUGUAGCCGCCAAAUGCAUUUUUAAGUUUCACAACAUUCUCAACUGAAAACGACCCAGCUGGACACAUUAAGAAGUCGGCCAGAGACCAUGUUUUCAACCAUCUCGCCGUGUUUGAUGGCGGCUUCUGCUGCAAUGUUCCCAAACUGUCCCACAAUGCCUCCGCAACCCACGUCAUUGGCUCUUCAAAACCUAGGAUGGUGGUAUUUGCGAAACGGUCUGCGGAGCCAACAUUAGCUUAAGCGGCCAGCUAGCUAAAGCUGAUAAAAUCUGCCAGAAUCUACGGUCGCUGGCCAGAAAUCAGAACCUGAUUUUGUCUAGUUAUGUCUGAAAUGAAAAAGUGGCGGUUGUUUGAAAAAAGUACUAAUAAUUUGGUGGCAAAUCUGCCGCCGUCGUCAUCAUAAACUGAAUGAUGUGCCGUACGAGAACAGAAAGAUUGACAGCCAUAGCAACAGUAACCAAGGUGGGCGGGGUUUAACAGACGGUCAGUUACAGCUACAGGUUACAGUUAUAACUUUCCCGCCCUGCACUGUCCGAGGACCUGGUAUGAUUUUUUAAAUAGUAUUAUUUUUCCUGAGAUUUCAGAGCGCUGACCGGCAGCUUUGCUGAGGACGAAAUGCGACGCGAUCUGACGGCAGGUUGCUGUUUCGUGUUUGACUGAAUGUGUGCGCGUGUGUGUGUGUGUGUGUGUGUGUGUGUGAACAUCUUAAAAAAGAAAAAAAAGAACAACUUUGCUAUAAAUUUACCCAUAUUGGGUUUGCUUUACGCACUAACGUUUAAGGUUGAUGAUAAUUUUAAAAAUAUAUUAAUCCAAUUAACAAUCACUUUGAAAUAGCUCCACAGGAACAGUUGGUUAUCACAUCACACAUUGUUUUCUUUUCGUUCACUGGCAUUUUAUCCGCUGCUUUUAUGAUUGUCCUCCCUCUGAAGAUAUCGCCACCGCAUUAUCAUUUUGUUAGCGAGCCCCUCGAUUUCAGCAGCGGGAGUUAAAGAUGCACUAAUACCACUGGACUUUGGUGUCACAGAAUUACUCCUGAUACUAAACCCCGACAUCAGUGUUCCCUUUUUGAGGUUUUUUUUACAAGGAGUUGGAUACGGUGUCUCCAUUCGCACAUUUAAGGAACGUAAGAAAAAGUUGCUAAAAGGCUGUUUUUCUUUUUCUGCUGUGUUUUACAGUGGAAACUAUUAGUCACUUAAUCGAUUAGUCAAUCACAGAAAAGACAGAAAAGUAAUCGGCAACUGUUUUUUCAUAAUCAGUUAAAUGUUUCAGUCAUUUUUCAAGCAAACAAGUGCCAAAUGUUCUCUGCAGCUUCUCAAACGAAAGGAUUUCUGUUUCUCUUUUGGUCUCAGCACCAGGAAUUCUUGACAUUUCACAGACUCAGCAAUUAAUCAAUGGUGAAAAUAAUGGAGAAUAAUAUUUCUUUCUGAGAGUUAGACGGUGAUCGAUGCCACUUUCAUGUCUGCACAGUAAAUGUCAUGCAGCAGCCCAUUAGCUUAGCUUAGCAUAACGGCGGCUGCUGGAUGUACCUUCAUAUUUAGCAUAAAGACAUGGGCUAAAUCCUUCUAACUGUCUCCCACAAGCUGUUCCUUUAAAGCCCCUGGAGACAUAAAUAACAGGGUACAUUUAUCACCUGGGUUAGAAUUAUUGAUGCUACAUCGUACAAAGGGCUAAACUCAUAAAUACGGAAAUGACUUUCAUUGAAAUGUUGCUUAAAUCUCAUUGGUGCACAGACAUUCGUGUCAUCAGUUGAAUCCCAGCAACCUCAAACCAGGAAGAAAAGCUCAGUUAAAAGGAAAGAAAUCCAGGAAUCUCUUGCGACAACUUUUCCAACUUUGGCAGAAAAUUUCCUGUUCACGCAGGACUCCAUCGCUCACUCGAGAAAUUAAUGGAGAAAAUACGUCUCGGGGUCUUUAAGCCGACUCUGUUUAUUAAAAGGUAAUAAAUGAGAAACGGUUUCAGUAUGAGUACUGAUCUUAGGUCAGUGGUAUCUGUGCAUCCUUAAACUGACAAGGUUGAUUUUUAGUCAUGACAGAGUGGUGUUACUCCACGUUUGAACCUGCUUAUAAAGGCUUUUCUAAGGACAUCGCCUAGCGCAGUAUAACGCACUUCUGUUGUCACCAGGGUUCAGCAGGACUGAGGUCAGUUCACUGUCUCCUCAGUCAGUUCAGAUUAUUCACAGAAGCUGCACUUCCUUUAAGUACUGGUGGCUUGGAUCUGACCUCGUGUUCGGGACUGAGGUUACACACUGAACCUGAGUGGGAACAGAGGUGAUCUCUUCCUCCUGAGGGAUUACACAACCUGAGGCUGAAGAGUAAUGAAAGAACCUGAAAACAAAAAAACAGUUUCCUGAGCUGACUGAGUGGAGCGACAUGACGCCAGUCCUGCAGCUGUCUGUCUGUCUGUCUGUCUGUCUGAGGAGCUUUAACUUUAUACAUAAUACCACUGUCUGUCUUUUUCCCUGCCCUGAGAAAAUAGUGACUAGUUUUGAUGUAUGUAUUCCUUCACCUAGAGAAUAAAAAAAUGAGAUGAUUUCACCUUUGAACUGAAAUAAACGGAUUUGUUCACAUUUUA